AUGUCUCUAAUCACGCGACUUGCGAAGCUUUUGAUGCUCUCUGCAGCACUAUGUGCUGCCAGUGACGCCUCUGAGAUGACUCAAAAGAUUUUGCGCGAGCACAUGUCUACCAAGACGCUGUAUGCGCCGCCAAUGAGGUCGAAUCCUGAUUCUGUGGAUGAUACGUGUACCCCUGUGCAGCUCAAUUUUGUUAUCCGUCAUGGAACCAGAAAUCCCACAAUUAAAGAUAUCACACGAAUCAACAACACGCAUAGUCGAAUUCUUACAGCUCGUAACAAAUCAGUCCCGUCGUGGGUGGAGAGCUGGAAAAAUCCGUAUCCAAAGGAGACAGAGGCGUGGCUGGCAGACCCCGGCAUUCGUGAGUUGAUCGAAAUUGGGCACCGACUUCGAGCUCGUCUAUCACCUUUGGCGGUAUAUUAUAAUGCUAGUAAAUUUGUCUUUGAUCAUACGUGGAAAAUUCGUACAAAGCAGAGUGCUCAAGCCUUUGCAUUUGGGUUUUUCGACGGCGUGCAACCAGUUUACUAUCACAGUAGUCCGAUCGGAAAAGACGAAGUACUGCGAUUUUACGAUAAUUGUCCAGCUUUUCAGACUCUGAUCGAUACAAACAAGAGUUCAACUAUCGAGCAUAGCAAAUAUCGCGACAGUGAACAGAUGCAGAAAAAUCUGAUCAAAUUUCAGAAAGUGGCAAAUUUUGCUGAUGCAACACAAAAAGAUAUGGAAGCAGCGUAUGCAGGGUGUGCAUUUGAUGUCGCUGUGCAAGAUGUGUACGAUCAUUGGUGCUCCUUUUUUGACGAUGAAAUGCUGCUUUCGAUGGAUUAUUUUCAAGAUCUAAAACAUUUUUAUCGAAAAAGUCAUGGUCAUGCUCUGUCCUACGAAAUUGCGACGCCACUGUUACAGGAUAUAUUCCGUUCGAUGAAGAAACGUGUGUUGGCAAACAGUGGCAUUGAAGGGUACUUUCGCUUUGCUCACGCUGAAACUAUCCUGCCAUUGGCAUCACUUUUGAAUGUAAGCUACUUUGACCGCCACACUAGUGAUCGUGAAGGGCACUUUCGGGCAGACACACCACUCAAUUUAGCACUGCAGCGAAAGUUUAAAAGUUCCACGUUGGCACCGUUUGCAGCGAACAUUGGCUUUGUUCUCUAUGAAUGUGCCAACCAUGAUGAAGAAGCAAAAGACACGGCCUUUAAGGUGAAAACGCUGCUUAAUGAGCGUGAGGUACUCUUUAAUGAAUGCGAAGGCCAAGCGCUUUGCCCAUUUGAUGUCUUGGAGACAAUCUUUUACCGGUGGCUGUACGAGUUUAAUUUUCAAGAACAGUGCAUACUAGUCUAA